ACGCAGAAGAAAAACCCAUCACCGGGAAAUGAAGGUUUUAGGGUUCCGGCACAGACCGCCUCAGAAAUCCCCAAAUAAUGGUUGAAAGAAAGAUACUCACUCCCUUCUUCUUCUUCACUUCCAGCGGCUUUCAGACAUGCUGCUUCAAAUUCCAAAUCUUUCCUCGACAAUCCAACUGGAAAUGAAGAUUUAGGCUUCCACCGGAGACAACUACAGAACUCCUCCAGAAAAAUGGCCAAAAGAAAGAUACUUACCUCUUCUUCUUCUUCGCUUCCGGUUGGUUUCGGAGGUGCUGCUUCAAAUUCCAAAUCUUUCCUCGACAAUCCAGCUGUCCCUAAUACCGUUCAAAACCAAGCUUCACUCCAGAAGUUUCUGAAGACGAAAUGCAAGUCAGGUAUCGUUACUCUCGACGAAGCGUGUCGCUUUUUUGAUUACAUGAUACGCAUUAAACCAACUCCUCCAGUCUCGGCAUUCAAUGCGUUGCUAGCUGCUCUUGCUAAGGUUAGGCAUUAUAAUCAUGUGAUUUCGUUCUACAAAAGAUUUGAUUCAAUUGGGGUUUCUCCUAAUUUCAGAACUUUGAACAUCUUGAUUAAUUGCUGUUGUAAUACGGCUGAAGUUUGUGAUGGUUAUGCGGCUUUAGGAAGGAUUUUGAGGGACGGUUAUAGACCGGAUACAGUGACUUUCAACACUUUGGUUAGGGGGUUGUGUAGAAGUGAGAAGAUUAGUGAAGCUAUAAGGUUGUUCAGGAAAAUGGUGUUGUUUGGUUGUCAGCCUGAUGUAAUUAGUUAUGGGACUUUGAUUGUUAGACUUUGUAAGGAUGGUAUGCUAGAAAAGGCAAAAGAACUUUUCUUGGAGAUGAAGGAGAGGGGUUUAUCUCCUGAUUUAGUUGUUUAUAGCUCUUUACUUCAUGCUUUUUGUGGCAGGGGUUAUUUAGAGGAGGCUAAAGGGUUAUUGAGUGAGAUUGUGGAUGGACGAAUGAAGCUGAAUGUGGAGCCAUUCAAUGUCUUGAUAGGGGCUUUUUGCCAAGAAGGGAGGAUUGAAGAAGCUAUGAGAUUGUUAGAUUGGAUGAUUCAGAGUGGUCUGCAUCCUAACUCAAUUACUUAUAACACAUUGAUUAUUGCACUUUGCAAAGAAAGAAGGUUAGAUGAAGCAAGAGGAGUAGUAGACUUGAUGAUUCAGAGAGGUCAGUACCCUAAUACUUUUACGUUUAAUAUUUUGAUAAAUGCAGUUUGCGAAGGAAGGAGAUUAGAAGAAGCAAAGGGAUUGUUUGACUUAAUGAUUCAGAGAGGCCAGCCGCCUAAUACAGUUACUUAUCACUCCUUUAUUGAUGCCCUUUGCAAGGAAAGAGGGAUGGAAGAGGAAGCAAGUGAUGCAGUUAAGGAAGAACACAAGAAAGAAUAAUUUACAUUAGUUUGGAUUGUUAAGCAAUUUUGAAGAAUUAAUUUGCAAUUUGUUUAUCACAUUUUUCUAUUUCUAUAAGGCCUUCUAUUGUAAGUUAAUCAGUCUUUUAUUACAGUUCUUAGGCCUAUAGUUAAUUAGAAUUGGGUUUAUUCCUAAAUUUUAAGGAUUUUAGGAAUCCUAAUUGAAUUAGGAUUAGAAUUUACUACUUGUAAAUCUUUAGCCAUUAAUAAUGGUUGAGUUUUUUGAAAUUAUGGAUUUAUUUGGAGAAUUUUGGGUUCUAUUGCAUUCCAUUCUUAAUCUCAUUCCUCAUCUCUCCUUUCUUACUGAUACAGCAACUCAAAUUACUGUCCGUUGCUUGCUAGUUUCUAUUUUACCCAAUUAAACCUCAGAAAGCAAC